GCGGAAAAGUUUGUCGUUUGAUCGAGAUUAUAACGGUCUGGGCUUCUCCUCACUCCGUGCUCACUCUGCCGCUGUGUUUUUGUCCUUUAAAAAAAAAAAUCCCUCCAAGAUGAACAGAGUUGUCCUCCAGCUGGUCGCAGUCGGAAUCUGCUUUGCAAUCGGUCAAGCUCUGGAGUGCUACAAAUGUGACAUCGGCUUUUGGAAGCUGUGCAUAACGACUGAAACCACAUGUUCAGACGGGGAACUCUGCUUCAGCGGUGAAGGGAAAGCAGCCGGCUUCGUGGACAUCAAGAAGAAGGGCUGUCUACCAGAGGCCGAAUGCAACCAGACCGAACAGGUGAACUUCCCCACCAGUGGGAACACCACCGUAACUCUCAUCACCAAGACCUGCUGCAACACCAACCUGUUGCAACGCCGGCCCCGCCUCCCCGGAACCCCGGCCUGAUCUUGGCCAUCUCUGCCGUCUCUGCUCUGCUGGUGGCCAACUUUUAAUAAGAUCAACAGAUGACAAAUGACCCAAAGUGCACACAUAAACACACACCCUACAUAUUGUACACACAAGUGCUGCACAGAUUAAAUUAAAUACUCUCCUCAGACACGAGCUGUGCAGUUUUAGAACCUCACAGCUUCAUUUUGUUUCUUUUUUUUUUUUUUUUUAAACUUUGAUCUUUUGUUUACUGUCAUAGAGGUGUAUUGUAUUUUUGGUUUCACACAAGUGUUUGUAUCGCUUAAAGCUCAGUUCCCUCUUGUGUUUUUUUGUAAUAUUUUUGGUACACACAGCCCUCGUUUGGCUGUAACGCUGACAGAUGAAUUAACAAUGAGUGUCGAACAUUC